AUGAGCGUCAUACUGAAUGACGAGCUGAAUGACGAGCUGAAUGACGAGCUGAGUGACGAGCUGAGUGACGAGCUGAAUGACGAGCUGAGUGACGAGCUGAAUGACGAGCUGAGUGACGAGCUGAAUGACGAGCUGAGUGACGAGCUGAAUGACGAGCUGAGUGACGAGCUGAACGACGAGCAAUACUAG